AGACCUGCGGGAGGCGGGGCCGGGGACUUUGAAUGGUGAAGCAGUGGAGGAGGCAGAUUGGUAUAAAGUUUGGAGAAAGGGAGGAUGACCAUGCCGCAAGUCGGGGCAGUGUUUGCAGCGAUAGCAGGAAUUUUGGGCAUCUUUUUGCACUCCUCCAUUCACAAAAUAGAAGAAGGGCACCUUGCUGUGUAUUACAGAGGUGGGGCAUUACUGACAGGCCCUAAUGGUCCAGGAUAUCACAUAAUGUUACCUUUCAUUACCACAUACAGAUCUGUCCAGACUACACUCCAGACAGAUGAGAUCAAGAAUGUGCCUUGUGGAACAAGUGGUGGUGUGAUGAUUUAUUUUGACCGGAUAGAGGUGGUGAACAUGCUGGUCCCCUCUGCAGUGGUGGACAUUGUGAGAAAUUACACUGCAGAUUAUGACAAGACGCUGAUUUUCAAUAAAAUCCACCAUGAACUUAAUCAGUUCUGUAGUGUACACACACUACAGGAAGUCUACAUUGAGUUGUUUGACAUUAUUGAUGAAAACCUGAAGACUGCUUUGCAGAAAGACCUAAAUGCAAUGGCCCCUGGACUCACAAUACAGGCUGUUCGUGUUACUAAACCUAAAAUCCCUGAGGCCAUUCGCCGGAACUUUGAACUCAUGGAAGCUGAGAAGACCCGAUUGUUAAUCACUGCACAGACACAGAAAGUAGUGGAGAAGGAAGCAGAGACUGAAAGAAAAAAGGCCAUAAUUGAGGCACAGAAGAUGGCUCAAGUCGCAGAGAUCCAUUUUCAACAGAAGAUCAUGGAGAAAGAAACUGAGAAGAGGAUCUCUGAAAUUGAAGAUUCUGCCUUCCUGGCCAGAGAAAGGGCCAAAGCUGAUGCAGAAUAUUACACUGCUGCUAAGUUUGCUGAAGCGAACAGGUUGAAGCUAACCCCAGAGUACUUGGAGUUGAUGAAGUUCCAGGCCAUUGCUGCCAACAGUAAGAUCUACUUUGGUCAGGACAUCCCCAACAUGUUUGUGGAGGGAAACAGUAGUCCCCAAAAGUCAUCCCGCCCCUCUGACCAGCCUGGUGUUGAAUCAGACUUACUUAAACAAAAACUGGAUGGUAAUUGAACCCACAGCUGCCUCUGCAUGACUCUUUUGCCCGUGAUGCACUUGGUCGGUCUGAAAUGGAGAUGAGUGGAUUUGACCGCUUUGCGGUUUGAUUGGAGAUAAGGAUGCUUUAGUCUUAAGGUAAAUGGUGUAAAAUCAAGUGAACGCCAGAUUUGCAAGUAAUAUACAAAAAAGGAUGUGGCUUACUGUCUUAACCUUUCUGGAAGUAAAACAGAAAUGAGAUUAAGAGUGCUUUAGUCAAAUCAGCAGAAUAAUAAUUGCUUAUGCCUGGAAGGGUGGCUAGGUUGUUGUAAUCUGCGUGUGCUUUCAAAACAAUUUUAAGAUAGCGUUUUCUGAUAAAUAUGAAAGGAUGUGUCGGGUGAUUUUGCAAAUGUUUGGAACUGGAACCCAAAGGUGACCCUAAUUAUGAUACAUUGGUAUGUGUUUGUAUAAAGGAUGAGGGAAGGCUGCUUCUGUGCCAUCUUCUGACUCUAAAUCAUUAGUUUUGUUUGUUUGGGGUUUUUUUGUAUUAGAAAGUGCUUUUGGUGAAUGCCUUCGGUGGAUUUACUCAGGACAUUUGACAUGUUGUAUGAACGUUCAGUAGUUUCUCUCAUUUUGUUUAAAGUUGAUUUUUAACCCCCUCAAAAAACACAAAUCAAAUGCCGUAUUCAUCUAUCUAACCCUACUUUUAUUGUGUAUGAUUUGAGUUCAAUUUCUCUGACUGUAUGUAGUAGAUAUUGUGAUUAUAUUUGCAGCCAGCACAAUAUUAAAACUACGUAAAGGUACACUGCCCCCCUCUAUAAUGACAAAUACAAUCCAUAGGUACAUUGCUAAAAUCAUUCUUUUGGUAAAAGUGUUUUAUUUUAUGCUUGCUCCUGUUUGAAUUGCCUUGAUCAUUUAAGAUAAAAAAAAAAUGCCUGCUAUUUUUGGUUCAUUGACUUAUCCCGUUUCAACCUUCUUUUCUCAAGAAUUAACUAUACACUAAAACACGUCAGAGGAACUUUUCCUCAGAACAAAUAAUAUUCUUCAAAGUAGUCCUUAAAAUAUCUUUGAACAGGGAGCAGUAAACUGCAUGGUUUAGGAUGAGUUGUAUUGAUAUUAUACGAUAUUAAAAUAGUGUCUUCCUCUUGUUUACAUUUUUCUUACAGUUUUAAUGUCUAUUUCUUUAGUUUUGUGGCAAAACAAAGCAGUAGUUCAGCUUCCAAUAGUCAUGGCCAUGGACACUACAUGUGUUUAAAGUUAGUUUACUUGACACUUGAAUGGCAGACAGUGACUGCACUCUCAUUUCAAUAUUGUUGGUGAUGGGUUUCAAUGCAAAUCGUUAUUGAUUUAAUUUACUAAUUAUUUUGUCAAUUAUUUGUCAUUGUUGUACAAUAUGUGAAUCUCUUAUUUUAAAAAAGAUUUAUAUGCCAAAUGUUUUGACACUGUUCUUAUGUAAAAUAAAAACCUAUUUUGGUAAUA